AUGUUCAUCACUGUAUCUAUAACACCAAUUAUCUGGUUCAAUCUUCUACUUUGCAUCGCUUCUGAUAAAAAUGAAACUUUCUAUCCACCUAAUUUCGGCGCUGCUGAUGAAAUUAUUACAAAUAAUACUUAUUCUGGUGUCUCAGAUAGCUUUGAUUACAACAACUUUGAACCAUUAUUUAGCUCAGAAUUUCUGUUCGAUCCUUCGCAAUUCAUUGAUUUCGCUCAAGUGAGUGAAAUUGAGGAUAUAAGCAGUAAAGAAUCGAAUUCUGAGACUGAUCUGUUCACAAUUACUCCUCAUCCUGGCUUCAUCUCACCUAGUUAUGAUGAUUUCAUUGUCCACACUAAUUUGGAGUCAUCACUUGCCUCAAAUUUGGAUUCAUUAUGGAGAGAUGCCAAUGGAGAAUUAAAAACGAAUGAUGAUAAAGCACGAUAUCCUUCCAUUAGAGAUGCUCAAAGUGGGACUUCUUCGCCACUUAAUGUCGACACCGAUGACAUUAUCACGUAUAUGCACUUACCUGGUUCACAACAAAAUGUCGUUCCGAUCUAUUUUCACCAACUUACUCUUUCCUCAGACGGCACAUCCGGUCAACAAGGAAAUGCUGAACAGAGCAACAUGGACAAUAAGCACUUCUCGGAUAACUUGAAUGUCCCCAAGUACAGGGGAAAUACCAAUGAAGGAUCAGAAACAAAUGCUCAGAGUGGGACUUCUUCGCCACUUAAUGUCGACACCGAUGACAUUAUCACGUAUAUGCACUUACCUGGUUCACAACAAAAUGUCGUUCCGAUCUAUUUUCACCAACUUACUCUUUCCUCAGACGAUACAUCCGGUCAACAUGGAAAUGCUGAAGAGAGCAACAUCGAUAACACAUCAAUGAAGGAUCAAAAACAGGUCAAUGAAGGAUCAAAAACAGAUAACAGAAAGUAUAUUUGUUAUUAUCCCGGGUGUACUGUGAUCGCGACAAAUUACAACGAAUAUAUAACACAUAGGAAAACACAUGGUCAACCUCUCAUCUAUGAAUGCAGAGUGCCCGGUUGUGGGAGGACAUUCAACCAUAGAACAUCAUUUCGCAGUCACAAGGAAACGCAUGAACGUCAUCGUCACUGCGAGUGCUGCGGCAAAUUCUUCACCACCAGGAAGGGACUGCAAUAUCAUACGAUGAGUUGCAAAAGAAAACCUCGUUAG